GCGAAGCGCAGGAGGCAGCAGCCGCCGGCGGCAGUCCCGGAGCAGCGCCCCCCGGACAGCCCCCUCUGCGCCUGGGCUCAUCCCCAGCCCUCCUCUCCGGCUCCCCGCAGCCCAUCGCCCUGCAAGGGUGCGCUCCGCCCGGCGACACACGCAUCGGCCAGCCCUGCCCGCAGCCUGGACAUGUCCGAGCCCACCGCCCCGGCUGGUGACAAGGAGCCCGGGCAGCAGGGCCGGCGGCUCUUCGGGCUGCGCUGGGGCCGCCUGGAGGAGCCCCUGGGCUUCAUUAAGGUGCUGCAGUGGCUCUUUGCCAUUUUUGCCUUUGGAUCCUGUGGCUCUUUCAGUGGGGAGACAGGGGCUACUGUGAAAUGCAAUGAUGACCUGAAAGAGAUGACUGCCAUCUCUGUCCAGUUCGGAUACCCUUUCAGGUUAUCCAGGAUUCCCUUUGAGAUGCCUGUCUGCGAGGGCAACGCCACUAAAAGAACUCUGCAUCUCAUGGGGGACUUCUCGGCCCCUUCUGAGUUCUUCGUGACCCUGGGAGUCUUCUCCUUCCUGUACAGCAUGGCAGCCCUGGUGAUCUACCUGCGAUUUCACUCCCUUUACAUAGAGAACAAGAGGCUUCCCUUUGCGGAUUUCUGUGUGAGCGUCUCCUUCACGUUCUUCUGGCUGGUGGCGGCUGCAGCCUGGGGCAAAGGCCUGUCAGACGUGAAGGGGGCCACGCGGCCGUCCAGUCUCAUCGCCGCCAUGUCUGUGUGCCAUCUCAAACAGGCGGUGUGCAACGCUGGGGCCACGCCGGCCAUGGGGCUGGCCAACAUCUCCGUGCUCUUUGGCUUCAUCAAUUUUAUCCUGUGGGCUGGAAACUGCUGGUUUGUGUUUAAAGAGACCUCGUGGCACGCGCAGGCCACCAACAAGGAGAAUUCUGCUGAACAGGGAGCCAUCGACAAGCAAUAAAGGCCCUCUCUGCCUGCCCACCCCCUUCGAGACCUUCUCCCACCCUGGACAGCCGGUACCUUGUCACAUACAUGCCUUCAUCCCAGCGCUGUGGGACCGUGUUCUGUGCAAGCUCCAUCCUCAUGUUGGCAUCUCUCCUGAGCAUUCUGGGAUGCCCGCCUAUGAGUGACUGGCAGGCGGGAGUCCUGACUCGGUCCCAGGUAUACAGAACUCGUUGCAGACUCCAAGGUUCUGGUAGCAGGGUUUAUUAAUUUUGUUAAUAAGUGUAAUUUAUUUGUUUCUGUGUUCCUGGCCCCCACCAGCCUGUGGCUGUGUGGAAUUGCUCUUCACAGCUGCUGUGAUGAGCCUAAACCAAUCAGGAGUUUAGAUGCCAUAGGAUCGGGUACGGAGUCACUUGCAGGUGAGAGUGGAUGUGCUGGGGAAACCUAAGACUGGGGCACUACAGGACCACCCCUCAUGCAAGAGCAUCCCUUACUGCCCAACCAUGGAAAGGCAGAGGCUGUCUCAGACCUCCCCCCUACUUGACUAUGAACAAGGGAGACAGACUAAGAUGCAGAAAGGGAAAGUGGAGAAUAUGUGUUUCUUGCUCCUGGGAGAAGGCCGGUAUAUUUGUCCUCUCCCCUUCUGCCUGCAGCAUUGUGUAUGUCCUGGAGGAGGCUGAUGGAGGGUUUUCAGCUGCCCUUGAACUCCGGUUUGGCUCAGCGGGAGACCACGCAUUAGGCCAGAUAAUCUAGUGUAGCAGCAGCUUGAUACGGGGGUGCGAUCCUGCCCUUGCCGGACAGUGCCCUAGGAGGGUUUUCCCAUCUCUGAUCGCAAACACGGGCAAUGCUGGGGGUAGGCAGUUCCUUACUCAGAUCUCCAGAUCGUUCCUCUUCCCAAGACAACCCACCCUAUUAGCAGCUUUUGGUGCUCGUUCCCUCCCUCUCCUACAGCUGAGGAGCAGCCCCCGAUUCCUCCAAUCCCUCCUUAUAAAACCUCCGAGUGUGUGUGUGUGUGUCUGCUCCAUCGACUCCCCGAGAGGCAGCAGCAGGGGCUGACCCUCUCCAGUGUUCUGAGCCAAAGAGCUUUGCUUGCUUCUAGGAGACUUUUCUCACAGCCGGAGGAGCCACUAGCUGAGUUUAUGACCCUAGACGGAAGGAUCCAGAGCUGAGCUGUGCUGAUACCAGCACAAGCAGAAGGGAAGCUUUGUCCAAACAGAGCGUUCAGAUCAUCAUCAGUCUCCUUGUCUGCAGUAGUAAGGCCGUCCCCUUUCCCUGCUGGCACUAUACCAGCUGCUUCUACUAAGUCCUGUCCCUGGAGCCCAGCGACACUGAUUGGUGACAGAACCCCUGAACAGUACUGUCAUCCCCCCUGGCCACUGGGGCACGAGGCAGCUGGCCCCGAGCCCAUUGGCAUUUUAACCUCUGACCCCCCCAAGGUGCUGUGUGCUCCCGGAGCUGCUGGGCAGAGUGGUAGCAUGGCAUCCCAGGUCCCAAAGACAGCCCUGCUUUGUUCUUGGAGAAGGGGCUUGUUCAGCAGCUGCUUUAAUGCCCUGAACUCUGUAAACCCCUCUGAGCUUCAGGGCAUUGCUCUGUUGCAAAGGGCUUGCUGCCUCCCCUACAGACAGGUGAGAGCUUUGGUUCAGGGGCCCGGGGAAUCCAGACGCCUCGCUGACUCUUCUGGGCAUCCUCUCUCUCUUUCCUCCCUCUGCCCCCCACGAUGAGGGUGCCUCCCUUCUGCUGAAGGAGAGACCGGCGUUAGUGGUGCUUUGUUAGCUGGGGACCUUCUCUUCAGCAAAGACCUAAUUCCUGCAUAUUCUGUAUACUUCCCCUCCGCCAGCACCUCUCGCCCCUCUAUGGCAGCCAGGCUCUGGCCAGUUGUAGGGAGCCUGUGCGGUCCCUGCCCCAGAACUGCAGGGGGCUGAGCCCCACAAAGCUGCGAUGCCCAGUUCCCUGCAGCACAGCCCCAGUCUACAUGCUGUGGUCCUUACUGUGGCCAUUGGAUGCCCUGCAGGACAAGAGCAUUGACCAAACUGUUACUGGAGGGCUACCCCCUCCCCACCCAGGCUUCCUGGGCCGAUUUCUGUCCUUGAGUUCCUAGAGGUAUAAACCUUCAUGUUUCCAGGGGGAGAGACAGCUCAGUGGUUUGAGCACCGGCCUGCUAAACCCAGGGUUGUGAGCUCAAUCCUUGAGGGGGACAUUUAGGGAACAGGGGCAAAAAUCUGUCUGGGGAUUGGUUCUGCUUUGAGCAGGGUCUUAGACUAGAUGACCUCCCAAGGUCCCCUCCAACUCUGAUAGUCUAUGAUAAGCCACCACUAGCUGCCAAGGGUCAGGAAGAAGCUUCCCCUGUAGCCAGGCUAUUCCAUAAAUGUCCAGGAGGGGUUUUCUUGUACCUUCUUCUGAAGCAGCUGGUGCUGGGGACCAGAUCCCAGACUAGGCAGACCACUGGUCUGAUAAUUCCUACACUCCCAUGGUGGCUCCAAGAGCACCAGGACAACCAAAGCACCAACACACCACUGCCACAUUUGGUUCCUUCUGCUUUGCCUGUGUCCCAGUUUGCUAAUUUGGGGGGAGAGUUGAAGCCAAUCCUCAGCUGCCAGGCUCCAUUAAAGUCAGAAAGUGACACUGCUUUAUGCUAGCUGAGGGUCUAGCCUUUGUGGAUAAGCCACUUCAAGGACCGAUGCUGCUCAGAUCUUCUCAGAGUACAGCGAUGGAAUGGCCUGGUCUUUAUUUUGCUUAUCAGUGAUUAGUAAUAAUGGCUCCAGAACCUGGGGGGGAGGAGAGGGCACUUCUCUGCAUUUUGUAACCUCAGCCCUCACGGGGAAGCGGGGGCUGGGAACCAUUUCUACUGUGAGGCUUGUUGUGUUCUGUGUUUAUUUAUUUUUUUGCUUUGGUGCUAAGGUUGGCACCUGCCCCUUUGCCCAGCACUAGGAGCAGCUCCUAUGCUAGCCUGCAGUCCUCCCACAUGGAUAACCCCCGCCCAGCUCAGGCAGCAGGCUCCAGGCCAGGGAUGUGCUCUCCUCAUUGGGCUCUGCCCUGUGACAGAGAUCCCAGAGGAGGGGUCCUGGGGUUAGGGGGAGAGACCAACCUUAGCUGGUGCUGGCUUUCCGUUUUCAUGUAGAAUCUCUUGGCUGGGGGUGGAGGCAGGCCUGGUGCCAGCAAAGGGCCCUGAAUGUGUGUGACUCUGCAGGGAGAGGGGUCACGGGAGGUGUGGGGGAGGAGGAGGAGGCAAUUGCUCAGAAACUCUUUUGGCCACUGUUAAAGCAACUGAUUACAGCAGGAGCUGAGAAGGGGGCAGUGGCCCAAUCCCAAGCUCUGCUGUGUGCGCCCUGGCACUGACUGGCUGCUUUCCAGCAGCCCCUUCAGCCUCCCCAGGCCCAGCCCGGCCCGGGAUUACAUUGCAUGGUUUUCUGGUGCUUGUUGUUAUGACUCUGAAUAAAAAGUGCAGUGAGGGUUUGAUAUGACAA